UUCGAGGGCCGCGGCGGACGCGCGCGCGUGUCACACGGGCUGCCGCCGCCGCCGCCAGGCAGGGGAAGCGCGGCGCUCGUUGGACGCCUUCCAGUUCCGCUGGCUUGUUUUCCUUGCCUGCUCCAGGUUUUACUUCUGGUUGCUGCCUAGGAAGGCUUUUGCUCCUCCCUUUUGAAAUCCUAUAUUAGCUGCGGCCAAAGCAGGCGAAGAAACACAGCUCAUUGUUGGCAAGGGCUGAUGAGAAACUCACACGGGAGGGGAAGCCGCGGCUUUGGGUCUGCUUGCACAGCAGCCGCGGUUUUUAUUAUUGUUAUUGCUCGCCUUAUUAAUAAUAGUAGCAGGAGGAGGAACAGGAGAAGCGCUUGCUCUAUGCUGGGAGAUCUUUACUGAUUUUGUUCCCCCCUACACGUUUGGAGCGAGAGAAGAAAGAGAGGGCGUGAGGGCCGGCCAUGGCAGACCACAUGAUGGCCAUGAACCACGGGCGCUUCCCCGACGGCACCAGCGGGCUGCAUCACCACCCGGCGCACCGGAUGGGCAUGGGGCAGUUCCCUCCCCACCACCAUCAGCAGCAGCAGCCGCCGCACGCCUUCAGCGCCUUGAUGGGCGACCAUCUCCAUUACGGGGGCGGCAACCUGAACGCGAACAGUGGGAUCCGGCACGCCAUGGGGGGCCCCGGGAGCGUGAACGGGGGCCACCCCGCCAGCAGCUUGCCUCCGACGGCGCGGUUUACCAAUUCCCAGUUCAUGGCUCCCACGGUGGCCGGCCAAGGAGGGCCCUUGACGGCCAGCAUGCAGUUGCAAAAGCUGAACAACCAGUACUUCAGCCACCACCCCUACCCGCACAGCCACUACAUGCCGGACUUGCACCCUGCCGGCCACCAGCUCAAUGGAUCCGCCCAGCAUUUUAGGGACUGCAACCCCAAGCACAACGGCGGCGGCGGCGGCAGCAGCAGCAACAACAGCGGCGGCGGCAACAACGGCGGCGGCGGCGUGGCUACCUCGGUGCCCCACGUUGUCCCUGCGGCAAUGCUGCCUCCCAAUGUCAUAGACACGGACUUCAUCGACGAGGAGGUCCUUAUGUCCUUAGUCAUCGAAAUGGGCUUGGAUCGCAUCAAGGAGCUGCCGGAGCUCUGGUUGGGACAGAACGAGUUCGAUUUCAUGACGGACUUUGUUUGCAAACAGCAGUCCAGCAGAGUGACCUGCUGACUCCUCACAAAAACAGGGAAACAUCGCCACCCCACCACAAAAAAAGGAAAAAAAAAACACGACUUUUUUAAUCUGUAUGAAUGGAAACAUUCCCUCUCUUAGACGCAGUAUUUCAAAGGCUGUUAGGGGCUUGAGUAUCUGGGAAGCAGAGCAAACUAUAAGCUUAUAUAGUUUGUUUUCUGUUUAUUUCUUCUUCUUUUUUAAUUUGCUGCCACGUCUUUAAUUCCCCUCUCCCCCCCCCCCCAAGCUGGGACACUCAUUUCUGCCCUUCCCUGGACUAAUUCUAAGCUUUAGUCUUUCGAAUUUAUCUGGAUCACACACACACACAAACACCCAGAAAAAAAAAAACCAUUCUCUUGCCUGCUUACUUUCUUCACUGGUUACAUACCAAGGCUGCCAAUUGUUACAUACAACUAGUGGCGAAAUGCUUAUAUCUUGUGGAUUUUCUGUAGGGUAUCAUUUCAGAUGAUUAGAUCUGCAUUCCAAUUCUGAGUUAAAGGACAAUCAGAAGAAAAAGAUGUUGCAUUACAGUUGGGUUGCAUGAACUUCAGGGUAAAAUUCCUGCACAAAUACUGCCCUCUUGCUUUGUUUUUAACUAUGCAUUGCAGUGAUGCUCUUUUUUUUUAAGGUUGCUGAACUGGAAGCUGAACAAAUGUGGGCCAAACUGUCCCUGGAUCAGGAAAAAAAUAAUAAUAGUUACUUAAACUCUGCUGUCUCUUCCUUUUUCCUCCCUCCCUUCUCCCAUCUGUACAAACAAUAAUAUAGUGUGAAUGGAAUGGUCUCUAUUGUUGGGAAAACAUUUCACUGGUUCUUACUUUAUUUUAGUUCUGGUUUUGGCUUCAGUAUAUUUUAAUUCUGGCAUUGUGCUAACAUAAUUUGUUCCAUACAGGAAGAAACUACUGUUUUGAAAGCUUUUUAGGAAAUUUGACAGUAUUUUUGUACAAAAGCUUUUUUUCUUUUUUUUCUUUUUUGAGAAUAUACUUGUUAAUUUAUUCUAUUUUUAUUUGCCAAUGUCAAUAAAAAGAAGUUAAGAAAUGCUUUAAUUUUUUUUCCUAGUUAUAAAUUACCAGGAUUUUUUUUCCUUGAAAAGUUCUCUUCUUACCUCACCCUCAUCCCACAUGAAACAUUUGAUACACAAAGCCCAUUUAACUUGUUGAGCUGUUGGGUUGUGUGAUACUUUAUGAAGGAAAAUCGACUUGACACCAUUGUAUGUUAUAUGUCAUGAUCAGUGCAGAAGGUAAAAAGGAUUUAAGCCUAAUUAUGACAUCACAGUCUCAUAAGUAACAUUGUAACAUGCCUGUGUGAAUUUAUCAAAAGUGAAAGAAAAAGCCGAGAGGCAACAUCAUUGUGAUCUGCCAAUUUGCUUUACAUGUAGUUGUCCAGAAUUAUGAUGCAUAAAGUAUUUAUUCUAUUUAUCUAUUAAACUUUAAUUUUAUAAAUA